AGCAGGCAGCGGGACCGGCGCGGGAGGCAGCAACCGGGCGGGAGCCCCGGAGGUCCCUCUGAGCAGCCCCCUCCUCCUUCAGGACAGGAACCACUGCCACAACCUCAGCCUACCGGCUGGUCACCAAACACCCACAUCUGCCAAUGUGGCCCGGCCUCCAGAGAGCCAGGCCCACAGAGCAUGCCCAUGUGGGCUGGUGGUGUGGGGAGCCCUCGGCGGGGCAUGGCCCCUGCGUCCACUGAUGACCUCUUCGCCCGCAAGCUGCGCCAACCUGCCCGGCCCCCACUGACACCACACACCUUUGAGCCAAGGCCAGCCCGGAGCCCGCUUCUCCGCAGUGGCAGUGAUGCAGGGGAGGCCCGGCCCUCCACCCCAGCCAGUCCUCGAGCCCGAGCCCACAGCCACGAGGAUGCCAGCCGUCCCGUUGCAGCCCCCACCCGACUCUUCACUGAUCCUCUGGCUUUGCUGGGGCUACCUGCAGAGGAGCCAGAGCCCAUCUUCCCUCCAGUGCUGGAGCCCCGGUGGUUUGCUCACUACGACGUGCAGAGCCUGCUCUUUGAUUGGGCUCCACAACCACGAGGGACACGUGGACACAUGGAGGCCAGCUCUGCAACUCCAGCCUCAGCUGAGGACCAGGCUGCCAGUUCAGAUCUGUUGCUGGCAGCACCUGGCUUUGUGAGUGAGCUUGGGGGUGAGGGUGAGCUAGGCCUGGGGGGACCAAUGUCCCCACCUGUGCCCCCUGCACUUCCCAAUGCGGCUGUGUCUGUCUUGGAAGAGCCACAGAACCGAACCACAGCUUACAGCCUGGAGCAUGCAGAUCUGGGUGCUGGCUACUACCGCAAGUAUUUCUACGGCAAAGACCAUCAGAACUUCUUUGGGGUUGAUGACGAGCUGGGCCCAGUGGCAGUGAGCCUACAGCGGGAAGAGAAGGAGGGGAGCGGAGGGGGCACCUUGCACAGCUACCGGGUCAUCAUUCGUACUACACAGCUCCGGACCCUCCGAGGCACCAUCUCAGAGGAUGCAUUGCCCCCAGGACCCCCCCGUGGCCUGUCCCCAAGGAAACUUCUAGAAUAUGUGGCACCCAGGCUGAGCCCAUCGUGCCUGCGUCUGGGCUCAGCAUCCCCCAAGGUUCCACGCACGCUACUUACUCUGGACGAACAAGUGCUGAGCUUCCAGCGCAAGGUCGGCAUCCUGUACUGCCGCUCCGGCCAGGGCUCGGAGGAGGAGAUGUACAACAACGAGGAGGCAGGAGUGGCCUUCAUGCAGUUCCUAACCUUGCUGGGUGAUGUGGUGCGGCUCAAAGGCUUUGACAGCUACCGGGCGCAGCUGGACACCAAAACGGAUUCUACAGGCACACACUCCCUCUACACCAUGUACCAGGACCACGAGAUCAUGUUCCACGUCUCCACGAUGCUACCUUAUACCCCGAAUAACCAGCAGCAGCUCCUGAGGAAGCGCCACAUUGGCAAUGACAUUGUGACCAUCGUGUUCCAGGAGCCUGGCAGCAAGCCCUUCUGCCCCACCACCAUCCGCUCCCAUUUCCAGCAUGUAUUCAUUGUGGUGCGGGCACAUGCACCCUGCACCCCACACACCUCGUACAGGGUGGCUGUGAGCCGCACUCAGGACACUCCAGCCUUCGGGCCAGCUCUGCCCCCUGGAGGAGGCCCAUUUGCAGCCAACGCUGACUUCCGGGCCUUCCUGCUGGCCAAGGCGCUCAAUGGUGAGCAGGCAGCGGGACAUGCACGCCAGUUCCACGCCAUGGCCACGCGCACGCGCCAGCAGUACCUACAGGACCUGGCCAACAAUGAGGUGACCACCACAUCAUUGGACUCAGCCUCACGUUUUGGCCUGCCCUCCCUGGGUGGCAGGCGCCGAGCGACCCCUCGGGGCCCGGGCUGCGAGCUGCAGGCAGCAGGCGCGUUGACCUGGGGCGUGCGCGCAGCACUGGGGACGCGGGUCGCAGCAGGAGCCGGAGGGGGAGGCCCAGAAGGUGCUGAGGUGCCUUGUCUGUUGGGCAUCUCAGCGGAGACGCUGGUGCUGGUGGCACCACGCGAUGGACGUGUAGUCUUCAACUGUGCCUGUCGCGACGUGUUGGCUUGGACCUUCUCGGAGCAGCAGCUCGACCUGUACCAUGGUCGUGGGGAGGCAAUUACACUUCGGUUCGACGGGGCCCCUGGCCAAGCAGUGGGCGAGGUGGUCACACGCCUGCAGUUGGUGAGCCGUGGCUGCGAGACCCGCGAGCUGGCACCACCCCGCGACGGCCAGGGUCGCCUGGGCUUUGAGGUGGACGUCGAGGGCUUCAUCACACACGUGGAGCGCUUCACUUUUGCAGAGAAGGCCGGGCUGCGGCCUGGUGCGCGACUGCUGCGUGUGUGUGGCCGGACAUUGCCCAGCCUCGGCCCUGAGGCCACUGCCCAGCUUCUGCGCUCUGCAUCCAAGGUCUGCGUCACCGUUCUGCCCCCUGAAGAGAGCGGCCGGCCCCGCAGGAGCUUCUCGGAGCUGUACCAGCUGUCUCUGCAAGAGCCCAGCCGGCGGGGGGCCCCAGAGCCAGUGCAGGACGAGACCCUGGAGGUGGUCCUGCAGCCCAUCACAAAGCAGCUGCUGCGCCUGUGCCUACAAGAUGGAGCUGGUUCUCCGGGGCCUGGGGAUCUGGCUGAGGAGAGGACUGAGUUCCUGCACAGCCAGAACUCUCCACCAUCACCCCGCAGCUCCCUGUCAGAUGAGGCCCCAGUCCUCCCCAAUACUACUCCGGACCUCCUCCUGGCCACCACUGUCAAGCCGGCAGAAGCUGGUACUGGCAGGGAAAUGCUGCCUUCUCAGGAACAGCCAGGCAGCCCCCCUGACCAUAAAGACAAGGGCAACCCGGCCCCAGAACUAAGGGCUUCCUUCCUGCCACGGACUUUGUCUCUGCGGAACUCCAUCAGCAAGAUCAUGUCAGAGGCUAGCAGUGAAACGCUGGAGGAUGAGUGGCAGUCCAUCUCGGAGAUCGCCUCCACCUGCAACACCAUUCUGGAGUCACUGUCCCGGGAGGGCCAGCCCAUCCUGGAGAGCGGAGAUGCCAAGGGAAUGCCAAAGACUGAUGCUGAGCCAGAACCUGGAAGCCUGUCAGAGAAGGUUUCUCACCUGGAAGCUAUGCUCAGGAAGCUGCAGGAGGACCUGAAGAAGGAGAAAGCAGACAGGGCAGCCUUGGAGGAAGAGGUACGGAGUCUACGGCACAACAACCAGAGGCUGCUGGCUGAGUCAGAAAGCGCAGCCACCCGCUUGCUCCUGGCCUCCAAGCAGUUGGGCUCAGCUACCACUGACCUGGCCUGAGGCCACCUGGUCCAGCCUCAGCAAGAUACAGACCUGCUUGGAACUGCCUGAGCCCUUAGGGCACCUGGGUCUCACCAGCCAGGGCCCUCAUCAGGAUCUCUCACUGCGCUGACGCGCAUCUUAGCACUGUUCCCAUUCCCCAAUCCAUUUGGUGGCAAAGGUGCCCCACUUGUCCUUGUUUGUAAAUAUUCUGUGGAGAAAUUUUUUUUUUUGUUUUUUUGAGAUACAAACUCAUAAUCCUCCUGCCUCAGUGUCCUAAGUGCUGAAAUUACAGGUGUGUGUCA